AUGCUGGACAAACGCUACGCCUACAUCAACGGUCCAUGGUCAAUACCAGAUAUCGUAUGCCUCGCAGUCGUCGGACCUCUAGUGCUUGCUGCCUUCCUCGAGUCAUUCCUAUGGGUUGCAGCAUUCUGCUAUUGCCUGCGGAAGGCGUAUAAAAAGGCAAAUCACUGGUCACAAAAGCUUUUGGCCGGUAUCGUGACUGUAGCAUUUGUCAUCCUGAGGGGCGUCUUCCUACCGAUCAUGUUGGUGACAUUGCCUUUGCCUGCCCGUCUUACACAGCACUUCCCAAGCGUCAUGAUAGACUUCUUUCAACAAUUUGCCUUCUACAGCUUUGCGGUCAUGCUGAUUGUUCCCUGGCUCUUGUGCGUAUACCGACUUAUCAUCCUACCGCUCGGCCGUACAAAAUUGAUCAAAUACCCUCUCAACGAAUGCACCGCGCCAAAGAUUGUUGUGGUGAUGCCGGUAUACAAAGAACCUCCAGAGUCGUUAUGGAAGGCAUUGAAUUCCGUGGUCGAGUGCGAUUAUCCGGCGGCUUGCAUACAUGUUUUUGUGUCAUUUGAUGGCGACAGCAUUGACGAGCUAUACCUCAAGACAAUUGAUCGGCUAGGGAUACCUGUGACUCUGAAGGACUUCCCUAGGUCCAUUGAUGUUGCCUACAGUGGCGCCAGGGUUACUGUCUCCCGUUUCCCUCAUGGAGGCAAGCGACACUGUCAAAAAGCCACAUUUUCCCUCAUUGACAAAAUCUACAAGCGGUAUUUGCAGCACAAGGACGAUCUGUUCAUCUUGUUCAUUGACUCGGACUGCGUCUUGGAUCCUGUGUGCAUACAGAACUUUAUGUACGAUAUGGAACUGAGACCGGGAAACAAGCGCCACAUGCUGGCAAUGACCGGUGUUAUCACGUCAUGCACAGAGAAGAAUUCCAUGUGGACCAUUUUACAAGACAUGGAAUAUGUCCAUGGCCAGCUGUUCGAACGCUCUGUCGAAUCGGGUUGUGGAGCAGUUACUUGUCUCCCGGGGGCUUUGACACUCCUGCGGUUUUCGGCUUUCCGACACAUGGCCAGGUUUUACUUCUCCGACAGGGCUGAAGAAUGUGACGAUCUAUUCGAUUAUGCAAAAACUCACCUCGGGGAGGACCGAUGGCUUACCCAUUUGUUCAUGCUGGGUGCGAAAGAACGCUAUCAAAUCCAGUUGAGUACCAGCGCCUUCUGCAAAACCGAGGCAGUCCAAACGUUCCGUUCUUUGCUCAAGCAACGCCGCCGGUGGUUCUUAGGAUUCAUCACAAACGAAGUAUGCAUGUUGACCGAUGCUCGAAUCUGGAGAAAAUACCCGUUACUCUGUCUCCUUCGAUUUAUGACGGUCACUGUGAGAACAACUGCGCUGUUGUUCUUGAUCACCAUAAUCUCCGUGGCUACCACCUCAAGUCAAGUUGAUCGGUUAUCUUGGGAGUUCAUGUGCAUAUCUCUCGGGCUCAAUUGGCUGCUCAUGCUCUACUUCGCUAUCAAAUUGCACCGUUGGAAGGCAGUUCUGUACCCGGUCAUGUUCACAAUCGUCCCAUUCUUGAAUUGGAUUUUCAUGGUCUACGGUAUCUUCACCGCAGGCCAAAGGACCUGGGGAGGACCCAGGGCAGACGCCGGCGCGGCAGAUGCAAAGAUCACGCCGCAGGAGGCCAUCGAGCGUGCGAUUGCUACCGGAGAUGAUCUCAACGUCGUGCCAGAAACCUUCAGACCAGCAAUAAAAUUUAGAAAGCGUCGCACCCGUCCUUCUGCGCUGUUACCGUCGUCCAGCGUUGAAGGACGCUUUGUUUCAGCAGAUCACGAGCCACAGCAAUCGGUCGAGAAGGGCAUGAUAUCGCCCAGUGUAUCCGAUGUUGACCUUGAGGCACAUCCGCGGCGCUUUGGCCAUGAUUCACUUGACAUGAGUGACUCUGAAGGCGUAUCGAUUCACACUCCUCAGAGAGUAACCAGUCUCUCCGGCGACGAGGGCUAUAUUGCCAUGCAAGAUUCCGAAGACAAUAGUCAAAACCGCCCUACCACCAUUUCAAGCGAGCGCAAACAACAGACAACGGGGACAUAUCACUCUGCUGAAAGCACUGCUACAGUCGUUCCGAUACAUCAAAGAGGAGAAGAUCCGGAUAAUGGAGCACAACCACGAAGAACAGUCUCAAGAACAGGUCCAGCUGAUCCUCAUGAGUUAACCAGGCAUCUGAGCCAGAUGUUUGCCAGGCAAACCGCAAGCGAAGGGCCAGCCCACUUGCAAGACAGAAGCCCAUUAGGACGGAUCAGUCCUCUUACAGCAUUGCCAGUUGAGGAGCACCUGCCGGGCUUGCAAGAAGGGCAUGGCGUGGCAGAGAGCGGGAACGAUGACGAGGCUGAAGGCACUGAAAACCAAGCAUCCAAACGAAAACGGUUGCGGAAAAGGGAUGCAAGCUGGGCGGAUAGAGUGUAG